CCGUGAACACAUGCACACUUUCAAAAUUUACACAGUAACGCAACAACCAUGUCGUUUGAGCAUGUGAGCUGCAGGUCUGAUUCUGUGACACAAACCGAGAUGUUUGAUUUUGGCGUUUUUAAAACGAGCUGCUGCUGCGCGCUGCUGUUAUGAAACGCACGGAUUAUGGAUCGGAUAUGGACAUGGAGCAAAAUUUUACUUUUUGCGAGUGUUUUGGGGAAUUCCUCGUCCCAUGAUGGAGAUGAUGCUUCGUGCGACGGAGCUUUUGAUGUUUAUUUCGUUUUAGACAGAUCUGGCAGCGUGUCAGCAAACUGGGGAGAGAUCUACGGAUUUGUGGAGCACCUCACCAGCAGGUUUGUCAGUCCCAGGUUGAGGGUUUCCUACAUCGUCUUUUCCACCAGAGCAGAAGUAAUACUCCCGCUAACAGGAGACAGGUCAAAGAUAGAUGAGGGUUUGAAGCAGCUGAGCCAAAUUAAACCUGCAGGUGAAACUUACAUGCAUGAAGGCAUGAUAGCGGUAUCGGAGCAGAUGAAGAAACAAAGUUCGCCCUCAUCAAGCAUCAUUAUAAUCUUGACUGAUGGCAAGUUGGACAUCUACCCCUACGAGCUGACUGUGCAGGAGGCCGAUAAAGCCCGCGGGUUUGGAGCCAGAGUGUACUGCAUCGGGGUCAUGGACUUCAAACACGAACAGCUUGCUGUAAUCGCAGAUGGAACAGAGCAGGUUUUCCCAGUGCUCUCAGGGUUUCACGCUCUGAAGAACAUCGUCAACAAGAUCCUGCAGCAGACGUGUGCAGAGCCAUUCAUCAUAGAGCCGUCAAGCGUUUGUGUAAAUGAGUCUUUCAACGUGGUGCUGAGGGGGCAGGGCUUCAGAGGAUCCAGGAAGACGGACAAUGUUCUCUGCUCCUUAACCGUCAAUCACAGGACAUACAACCAGAAGCCAACAGUAGUUAGAGACGGCCAUCUGCUGUGUCCAGCUCCUGUCCUGCACGAGGCUGGACAAUCACUUGAAGUGCUGGUUAGCCUGAACAACGGACAGUCCUACAUUUCCAGUCCAAUCACCAUUUACGCUACAAGAUGUUCGGAUGGGACCUGGGUCUGGUGGCUGCUGCUGGCCCUGCUGGUCUUACUGGCUCUGGGGUUCCUCUGGUGGUUCUGGCCUCUCUGCUGCACUGUGGUGAUCAGAGAUCCGCCGCCGUCUCGGCCGCCGCCUCCACCUCCUGUGAUUGAGCCAGAAGAAGAACCUUUACCGAAGCACAGGUGGCCGACAGUGGACGCUUCAUAUUACGGAGGGAGGGGCCCUGGAGGAAUCAAACGCAUGGAGGUGCGCUGGGGUCAGAAGGGCUCCACAGAGGAGGGGUCACGACUGGAGAAGGCCAAAAAUGCUGUGGUCACCAUGCCCGAGGGAGCGGAGGAGCCCAUCAUAUGCCGACCGCCACCAAGACCUCCCCCAGUGUACAGCCCCCCACCUCAGUCUAAAUGGUACACUCCCAUUAAGGGACGUUUUGAUGCUUUGGUGGCGUUACUGAGAAGGCAGUACGACAGAGUGGCGAUUAUGAGGCCGACGCCACAGGACAAGGUGCAGGGUCGCUGUAUCAACUUCACCAGAGUUCAGAGCCGCCGACACUGAGGAGUGAAGAUCAACACCUGCCACAGCUUUCCUACCAAAGAUAACUGACGAGCAAACACAGACAAAUGUUAGAAUUCACCGCGUGCUGUAAAUAAAUGUAUUUACUGAAAAGUG